CCAUUUUUCCAUCUCCCUCAAAAACAAAAACAACACAAAUUUUUAUUGAGUAGUUCAUCACCUUUUUUUAACUACUCUGCAAAUUAGUCUUCUUCAUUUUCACAUUCCCAAAUCUAAAAAAAUAAAAGAAAAUAAAUUGAAAAAUGUCGAAUAUCAGCGGCGGUGACGAGGGAAGUUUCUCCUCCGGUGAAGUCCAGCAGCAGCAGCAGCAAGAAGCGAAUAAACAGCCGGCGAACAGCAACGAAUCGGCCUCUCAGCAGCAGCCGGCGACGGCGAAGAAGAAGCGCAACCUGCCGGGAACACCAGAUCCGACGGCAGAAGUUGUAGCACUGUCACCAACAACGCUAAUGGCGACAAACAGAUUUGUGUGUGAAAUCUGCAACAAAGGCUUCCAAAGGGAUCAAAACCUGCAGCUCCACAGGAGGGGCCAUAACCUGCCAUGGAAGCUGAGGCAGAGGACGGCGACGGAGCUAGCCCGGAAGCGCGUCUACAUCUGCCCGGAGCCGAGCUGCGUGCACCACAACCCGGCGCGCGCUUUGGGAGACCUCACGGGGAUCAAGAAGCACUACAGCAGGAAGCACGGCGAGAAGAAGUGGAAGUGCGACAAGUGCUCGAAGAAGUAUGCCGUGCAGUCGGACUGGAAGGCGCACCAGAAGACGUGCGGGACGAGGGAGUACAAAUGUGACUGUGGAACCAUCUUCUCCAGGAGGGACAGCUUCAUUACUCACCGGGCAUUCUGUGAUGCUUUGGCUGAAGAAAACAGCAAAGUGAUGAUCAAUCAGGGAAUCAUGGCAGGAGGAGGAGGAGGAGGAGGAGGAUUAGGACAGAGCAACAACAUGCCUGAUUUGAUGUCGACAAUGCCGAUAAGCAGCAACACAGCAAUGGGGAUCACUGAAUUCAACAACAAUCCAUUGAAAUCGCUCCCGCAAGAAUUGGUGCCGAUACCAUUCAAGCCGAUGAACAUGUUCUCGACAACUUCAGGCACUCUUUUGCCUAGAAGCAUGCUGCCGUCGUCUUCCGGGCUUCAGCUGAGCUCAAAUUCGACCCCGUCGUCAGGCUACAACGCCUUCCACCAGGACAGCAAGAACCUUGGGCAGAUAUUGGGGUCAGCUCACAUGUCGGCGACAGCCCUGUUGCAGAAAGCUGCUCAGAUGGGGGCAACAGGGAGCAAUUCGAUGAACUCUCCCAUGAUGCAGAAGAGCUUUGUUAACAGCAUGGCAGGCCCUGAUUCAGGGCCAAGAUCCACCUCCAAUUUCCAGUCCUACGACAACUUCCAUGGCUCCAACGAGCAAACCCCGUCAGCAUACAACUCACCAUUUCCGAACCAGAUCAUGCAAAAGAAUCCACAAGAGGUAGUAACUCACAUGUUUGAGAGUGGCGGGCCUGUGGUUGGUGACAUGGCGAUGUACGGUGGAAUGCUGAUGGGAGGAGACGAAAGCGCAGCAGCCGGGCUGUUCAAGAACAUCGUACAAGUCCACGAGGGAAGUGAUCAAAGCUCCGGGAUAAUGCAGGGCAGGAACAACUCGAUGAUGGCGAGGAAUCCAGCUAGCUUCGAUGGGGAGAAUGAUAUGACGACAGUGGAUUUCUUAGGGGUCGGGGGCGCUGGAGCCAUGCCGAAUCUGCACGAACAGAGAAUGGAGAUGGAAGCUAUGAACCAACAGAGAAAUAUGCAAGUAAUGCACAACCCUUUUCAUCAGCAGAUCUCUCAUGGAGAUUCUGACAUGGAUAAGCCAUUGUAUAACACAUUCUGAACUUAUUAGGGAAGUUGGAUGUAAUUUGUGAGGUAGCAUUAUAUUAAUCACUCCCUAUCCAGCAAUGUACUUCGUUUCCGAAACAAUUUGAAUAAU